AUGUGGGAAGCUAUUAUUUUUGGCCCACAAGAUACACCCUUUGAAGAUGGGACUUUUAAAUUGACUUUGGAAUUUACUGAAGAAUACCCAAACAAACCGCCAACAGUAAAGUUUGUUUCAAAGAUGUUUCAUCCAAAUGUUUAUGCCGAUGGAAGCAUAUGCCUUGAUAUAUUACAGGUUUGA